AUGGCCCGUUCCUUCUACGAAGACGACGAGCUCGUCAUAAACAAGCCUGGAUACAAUGUCGAGAUCUCGCUGGAACUCAAGGAGCAAGAAUCGCUGCAUGGCCCCAUCUCGUUCAUCCAGGGCAUGGGAAUAAGAAGCACUCCAUACUUGGAGUCAUGGGUUAACAAGGCUCGUCUCUUUGUCCACUCCAAGGCUGCCAUCUACGAGGCCGAGCUUGGCACCCAGAAGUCGGCGUUUUUGAACGAAGUUGACACCCUCAAGUCCGAGGUCAAGGCCACCAUCAAGGAGCCAGUCUUGCCAGGAUUGAUCUACAUCUUGACUGCAACGUUGACUGGGUCCAUUUUAGUCGGCAGAAAGUCAUUGCCAUUGAGAUUCGUGAGUCCUGUUGUGUUUGCAUCCGUGUCUACCUCCUACUUCAUGCCCAACACCUGGGAGUCCUUGACCAACAAGUACCUCCAUUUUGAACACCAGAAGGCCCCGGAAUUGACCGAAAAGAGACAUCAGGUUGUGUCUGCCUACCAGAGUACCAAGCAGGAUGUUGACAGGGGAGUGCAGAGUGCAAAGGCCGAAUUGCAAAGAGGAGUUAGACUGGCCAGAUUGUGGUUAGACGAAAUCUCCAAGUGA